AUGGAAAAUGGAGUGGCUUUACAGUUAAUUGGGGGCAAUUGGCAGUUAUUCUCAAAUCUUUUUGCUAUUUGGAAUUUAAAAAUUAAUUCCGUUUCGAAUAGUCACAACCGCCGUACAAAGCGUGCUUUUAAAAGACAGGAGGAAGAGGAGGAACGUAUGAAGAAACAUAAUGAGUUGGUAGCUGAAUUCAAUCAACAUGUUGAUGAAGCUUAUAAAUAUGUUAUCUAUUGUUUAAUGGUUAGCAUCAUUGCUAUGUGUUUUGCUGUAUAUUUUAUUACAACAAACUUUGUCUAA